AUGACGUCCAUCAAUCCUAGCCUUGGUCCUGCUUGGACAUAUCGUAUUCUCGGUCUCAUCUGCUUAGCUUGCAAUAUUGUUGCCUGUCUCACUGUCAAGGCGAGAACACCCAUCAAUAUCAAGAACCACAAGAAACUCUCUCACAUUAUUAAUUUCUCCGUACUCAAAAACACAGAUUUUGGCAUCUUUCUGAUUGCGUCCAAUAUUGGCUUGUUUGGUUAUUUCAUUCCCUAUUUCUUUUUGCCCUCUUAUGCCACCUUUCUAGGUCUUUCUGAUGGUUUCACCAGCGGCUCCUUCUUUGCCCUGUUUUCACCCAUCACUGCCUGUCUGCUUGGUAUGGAGCAGUUUCCAUUAGGUUUAUCCCUUUUGCUAUUUUCCAACAUUGUCCUUGUUUUUGGUCCCAACAUUGCCAGUGCUAUUGAGGCAGGCGUUGGUACUAUGCCGUUCUUUAGUUACAAGAUCUUUGCUGGUGUCUCUUACUUGGCUGCUGCUAUCAUUCUUGUCCUUUUAAAAUUGAAGAUUUAUCGCAAUUUGUUUGCUAGAGUCCAAUAA